AUGAAUGAUCAACGCCGCCACAUUGCCCAAGACCUCUCUCCUACUUCCUAUCAUGGGAGUCCACCAGGAGAUGAUUCUAGAUCCUUUUCAGGACACACAUGGAAGAAAAGAGUAUCGACUGCAUGUCUUGCAUGCAAGAAGUCUAAGAGAAAGUGUUCUGGAACACCCCCGUGCGAAAAUUGUCGCACUUUUCAACGCGUUUGCAUCUUUGACGAAUCUCUUGACCAACGCCGUCGUGUCGCUGCUAAACGAACCGCUGAUGAACUCUCAUACCAUCGGGACCUAUUGACUGAUCUCUUUCGAUUGAUUCGUGAGGCUGAUGAAUCCAACGCACUCCAGCUACUUGACAUUAUUCGACGCAAUGCCCCGCCGCACGAAAUUAGGACCUAUAUCGAUGAUGCCCUUGCGAGACUUGGGAGGGAUAACACCGCGCCGAGGGAAACAGUGGCAAAGCUUGAGGACAUAAAGCAUAUUAUCAAUGUUGAAGCGGAGGGUCCUUCGUUUCGGAGUAAGGUGAUGGAUAUUCAUUAUUUAUGUGAUGAGGCGCCCUUGAAGGUUCCUGCGAGGCCGUGGACGAGUGUUACUGAUGAUGCGGAUUUGGUGUCUCAUCUUAUUUCUCUCUAUUUCACGUGGAAUUAUCCUUUUCAGGGAUUUUUGGAUCGAGAUGUUUUUCUGAGACAUAUGAAGAGUGGGGAUCUACGAUCGGAGUUUUGUAGUCCUUAUUUGGUCAAUGCUCUGUUAAGUAAUGCGUGUUUCUCGGAGGCAUAUCUUUAUCCGGGCAAUAUAGCUUCUAAAGGCUGUGGUUUCUUAGCUGAGGCAGAGCGAUUGAAAGAACUACAAGAUCCUCAGCCUAGCCUGGUAUUGCUACAGGGGACCCUUCUCAUGCAUGAGAGAUAUGCCCUGUCACGCAAUGAUGAUCUGGGAUAUAUCAUGUUACACGAGGCUAUCCAAAUGGGAGAGGCUCUGGGGCUAGUUGGAGACAAAGGGCCUCGGGUAACAUCCAAACAGUUAUCAAGAGAUAUGGACUUUUCAUGCAGAAGUGCAGCUUGGGGUCUUUUUAACAUUGACACGUACGUUGACUGUGUAUUCUUCUGUUACGACUGUAGCUUACAUAUCACGCAGGAUGGUUCAUACUGGCUUUUUAAGGCCUUGUCUGAUUGA